AUGUUGUCUCUCAUUUGGACGGUCCUCUUCGUGCAUGUGGCCAUCUACCUGAUCAAUAGCAUUGGUGCAGACACAAUCGACAGUUUGUUAUGGCUACUUUAUCUGAAGCUGCCGACGUCGACAUCUAAACAUGCCCGAGAGCAAGCCCAGUUAAAACGGGAGGUUCUACAACUCAAGCGAGAUAUGAACAACACCAGCUCCCAGGAUGAAUUUGCAAAGUGGGCCAAAAUCAGGAGACGACACGACAAGACCAUGGAAAAAUGCGAAGCGAUGAACAAGACGCUCUCGGCCCAGAAAACAUCCUUCGACUGGAGCGUGAAAAUCGCUCGGUGGGUAAGCACGACCGGUCUGAAAGUCUUUCUUCAAUUCUGGUACUCGAAAACCCCCGUGUUUGCACUCCCAGAAGCCUGGUUCCCCUACUAUAUUACAUGGAUCCUAUCUUUCCCCCGGGCUCCCUUGGGUUCGGUGAGUAUUCAUGUCUGGAGCAACGUUUGUGCGACAGCGAUCUCGGUAUUCGCGGAGAUUUUCACGUCCUUGUUACAGCGAGUAGCAACACGCCCUACGCCGGCAGCUACUACUCAGAAGACGAAAUGA